ACGCGCACACGAGUCGGCCAUCACGACAUUCCUCCGCUCCUACACUAAAGCAGAAUCUUCACACUUGUUUGUCAGCGGCUGACAGGAACCGUUAAAUCUGUCAGAAGUGGCGCGAGGAGGCUGCGCGCGCGCGCUCUGCCUGUGAUGAACCAGCGAUGGAUCCACGCGAGACUGAAGGUAUGAGGACGUUCCUGUCAGGAUGUGAGUGGUUUAGGGAUUUGAACACAUGUACACCUCAGGAACAUUGAAAGAGGACGCCGAUCCACCGGGAACCUCCGUCUCUAUGAAGUCUGCUCUGAGGAUGGACCUGAAGGCUGAGGCUGCAGAUGAAGGCUGUGAUCAUCACCCUCCUCCUCUCCAGGUCUUCGCCCACACCUCCACCCUGCACGGCAUCGCCCACAUCUUCUCCCAGCAGCGGCUGACGGUGCGCUGCCUGCUCUGGCUGCUCUUCUUCCUGGCGGCUCUGGCGUUCCUCAUGUACGUGUGUGUGGACCGGGUGCAGUUCUACCUGGAGUACCCGUACGUCACCAGGGUGGACGAGAUCGCCACGCCCGUCAUGCUCUUCCCUGCCGUCACCAUCUGCAACCUCAACGCCUUCCGAUUCAGCAGGGUCUCCCGCAACGACCUGUACCACGCCGGGGAGAUGCUGGAAAUGCUCAACUCCAGGUACGAGAUCCGAGACGUUCACCUGGUGGAGGAGAGCGUCCUGGAGGCUCUGAAGGUCAAAGCCGAUUUCCAGAGCUUCAAACCUCGUCCCUUCAACAUGCUGGAGUUCUACAACCGGACGGGACACGACCUCAGAGACAUGCUGCUCUCCUGCCACUUCAGAGGGAAAACCUGCCAGCCUGAGGAUUUCCAAGUGGUGUUUACUAGCUACGGAAAAUGCUACACGUUUAACUCGGGCGACAGCGGCCCCCCACAGGUCAGCGCGAAGGCCGGGAUGGGGAACGGACUGGAGCUCAUGCUGGACAUCCAACAGGACGAGUACCUACCUGUGUGGGGGGAUACAGAAGAGACGUCUUUCGAGGCUGGAAUAAAAGUUCAGGUUCACAGUCAGGACGAGCCGCCGUUCAUCGAUCAGCUGGGCUUCGGGGUGGCGCCCGGAUUCCAGACCUUCGUCUCAUGCCAGGAGCAGCGGUUGGUAUAUCUGGCGCCUCCUUGGGGAACCUGCAGGUCACGCCCGCUGGACUCGGACUUCUUCAGCGCUUACAGCAUCAGCGCGUGUCGUAUGGACUGUGAGACGCGCUACCUGGUGGAGAACUGCAACUGCCGGAUGGUGCACAUGCCCGGUGAUGCACCGUUCUGCACCCCUCAGCUGUAUAAAGACUGUGCAGAUCCUGCGCUCGCAUUCCUGGUGGAGAGAGAUAACGAUUACUGUAUGUGCGAGACUCCGUGUAACACCACACGCUACGUGAAGGAGCUCUCCUUCGUCAAGAUACCCAGCAAAGCCUCCGCCAAGUACCUCGCCAAGAAGUACAGCAAAUCUGAGAAGUACAUCGCGGACAACAUUCUGGUGCUGGACGUUUUCUUCGAAGCUCUGAACUAUGAAGCGAUCGAGCAGAGGCGAGCGUAUGAAGUGGCAGGGCUGCUGGGUGAUAUCGGAGGACAGAUGGGACUCUUCAUAGGCGCGAGUAUCCUCACUAUUCUGGAGCUGUUCGACUAUCUGUACGAGGUGGCGAAAUAUAAACUCUGUCGCUGUUCGGACAAGAAGCAUCAGCGCGACGGUGCCGAUCACGACACGCCCAUGGGGCUCAACCAGGUCAAGUGUCACGUGGGAAAAUUUCAGUAGCGAGAUCCUUCAACACCACCUGCCGUUAGUGGACUGACCGCUGUGUGUCCCUUCUCCCUGCUGACCCCAUUCUAGACUUUAAUUACAGUUUUCAAACGAGUGUAGCGCAGCAUGUGACGUCACGAGGAGGGUCGUCCCGGGAAACCUACAUUAGCUUACAUUAGCUAACGAUAACCAAUCAGGCUUAAUCACAUGAAUGACUCUAUUCAAAUGAAUCAUUCUCAACCUAAACGACCUGAAUGACUCUAUUUAAAUGAGUCAUUCUCUACAUGAAUGAAUCCGUUCAAAUUACUCUGAUUCGCAAUAUGUUCAAAUGAAUCAUAACCAACAUGAAUGAAUGUGCAAAUGAAUCAUUCUCAAAAUGAAUGAUUCCGUUCAAAUGAAUCGUUCUCUACAUGAAUCUUCUGUUAAAGCAAAUCAUUUUCGAUGUUCAAACGAAUCGUUGACCGGAAUGACUUUGUUCAAAUGAAUCAUUCUCCAUAUGAAUGACUCUGUUCUAAUGAAUCAUCCUUGACAUGAAUACCUCUGUACAAAUGAAUCAACAGUUUGGAGUGCAGUAGUCCUGCACAGAGCCAGAGUGGUGACAUGUUUUAUGGUUUUUGGUUUAUCGCCCACUCCUUCGUGUUUGAAAGCAUGAAUUUGUCUGUUUCUGGUCCUGGUGGGGCUUGAACUGGCAACCUUCUGUUACCUACUAGUCCAGGACCUCGAGCGCUGAGCUCCACCAGUUCACUGAAAAAGACAAUCGUGCUUGGAAGAGUUGAAGGUAAAAGAGGAAGAGGACGGCCAUCAACAAGAGGGACAGUGAACGAGCCAAUCCCAGCUCUGCUAUCAGCCUGCCGGGCACCUACACAGACACACGAUUGGCUGCGUCUCUGUGAGGGGCGGGACAAUGACUGAACAGGGAUUCCUCAUAACUGCUGCAGUCACGACCUCUGCUGGCUGGUCGAGGCGCUGCACUGAGACGGGGUAUAAUGGAGAUCAGUGCGCGAUACGGAUCUCCAUAUGACCCCGUCUGGUGCAGGUAAAAAGAAGCGGUCUCAUACCACUAGAUACCGAAUUCACAAGUCUGUGCAGUUACUCUGGUUAAACUGCCCCGUGUGGUGAACACACACACACACACACACACACACACACACACACACACACACACAUUCCAGCGUGGCCUGGUCUCCUCCAGGAUGUCACCGGUCUGCACCUGCUCUACGCGAAUUUGCAUGAGAGCUUCGCCAUGCGUGUGCCCUGUGACGUUGGCAUGUUUGUGGUUAGCGUGGUCAUGCAUGCAGGGGAUCAGGUGUUUGUUUGUGUGCACGUAUGUCGUACGUUCAUGCACGUCCGUUUUAAUCCGGGGUGUUAAACUGCGCUCGUGUUCCGUGGCUCAGAUAUAUCGGUAUUUUUAUUGGACUCGUUUUGUUGAUUGUAAAUGAUUUAGGUGUUUCAAGUUUUUGUCUUCUGAACUAAAUACUGAUGUUUGGUGUUUGGUUCUUAUAAAGUGUAUUUAAUUUUUACUGAAUAAACUUACUGCCUCGUC